AUGACCCCAAAUGCAGCAAAGGCCAUAUAUGGAAGCGCUAUCAAGAAUCGGGAGAUUUUUCGAAAGAACGAUUUCCAGGAGAUUGGUGAAAACGAACCAGGUAUUACUGCUGAGAAAGACCCGGAAGUUCACCGACAGAUCGCCAAGCAGCUUGUUCCUGCAUUUAGUGCCAAAUCUCUGAGAAAGCAAGAAGAUGUGAUUCAUCAACAUGUCGAUGGCUUUGUCGCUCAGCUUCGCAAACACGCAAUGACAGAUGACUGGCUCGACUGGCUCAUAUUUGAUAUCGCGGGUGACAUGGCGUAUGGUCGACAGUUUGAGCAGGUCAAAAACCUUAAAUCAUCCACUUUCCUAUCCACGUUUGGCAAGGUUGGACUUUGGGGCACCACAAAUCAAGUCACUAGGCGGUUUCGCAUGCUUCGACCCUUCGUUUGGUUCCUGAUUCCGCCGUCUGUGGUGCUCACUGUACCCACUCUUCUCCGUCUGAACAGACAAGAGAUUCGUCGUCGGAUGUCGCAGCGAGACGAGAUCAAACAUCCUGAUUACGUUGAGCAGCUGCUUCCCAAAGAUGGCAAGCCAGAUCCCACCGAGGACUGGAUCCUCGCCCAGGCAAAUGUAUUCAUCGUGGCUGGAUUUGACCCCAUGACGAAUUUGAUCUCUUCUGCACUGUACUAUCUCCUGACAAAUACAGAUAAAUAUGGCCAUGCUCGGAAAGAGAUCAGAGAAGAGUUUGCCGAGUAUAAUGAUAUCACUGGUGACCGUCUCCAGACAAUGAAGUAUCUUCAAGCAGUCAUCGACGAGUCUUUGCGCCUUCACACCAACGCAGCAUUUGGACUCCCCCGUGUGAGUCCCGGAUACGAUGUGGAUGGCAACUUUGUUCCUCCUGGGGUAUGUAUUUUCAAGGAGUUCUGUUUAUUUGGCUUGAAACUGGAUCUGACAAGAAGAAAAAAGGUGACGGUUCAAACUUGUUCUUUCGCGACCACUCAUUCCGAACGUUACUUCAAUGACGCCCGUUCCUUCCACCCUGAGCGAUGGCUGUCAUCUUCUCAUCCGCUCUACAAUCCGAGAUAUGAGUCCGAUGAUCGACGAGCAUUUACUCCCUUCUCACAGGGGCCUAGGGGAUGCCCCGGCUCGAGCGCCGGGUAUCUCCAGGGCCGAAUUAUCUUGGCAAAGCUCCUGUGGUCCUUCGACAUGGAACUGACAAAUAAAGAUGCUAUUGAUUGGGAGAAGGAUAUCAAGAUGUUUGCGAUCUGGAUUCGGCCGGAUCUUCUUGUCCGAGUCCGUCCUGCGAAUGGGAACAAGACUUAG